UUAUUUUCAUUGAUAGGAUCUCGUUCACCUCAACGUUAUUUUCGUUUACGAGAUCGAUUUAUUCGUUCAUAUGAUUAAAUAGAAUUGGGUGAUCAAUAUCAACGUGCUCACGAACUUUUAUCUGAUUUUGAAUAUAUUCUCCUUCAAAUUAAUGGUCAUUUUCUUGUCAAAGAAGAAACAUUUCGUUCUGAAACACCAAUUUGUGUUCAUGUUGAAGAUUUACCUAUUGAAUUUACUUAUACUCGAAUAUUAACAACAACACGUCGAAAGAUUGAAUCAUUACUUGAUAAUCUUAAUAAUGAUCCAGUUGUUGUUGAAGAUGUUGAACAAGCAGCUGAACGAUUUACAACUCUAGAUGAUUUAUUACCUCGAACUGUUUAUUCAAAAGCAGAUGGACAUCGUGAUCAAGUUCAACGAUUAGAUGAAUUUCAAACACUUUUUAAAUCAACAAUGGAUCUAGAUGAUCAAUUUAGUGAUGAUACAAAUGAACGGUUAUUGAUUGAUCAUCGUCUUCAAUCAAUUAAAGAAAAUUUUCAAUUUUUAUUUCCUAGAAAAAACCGUGAACAUCGAGAAAUCAAAACAAAUUUUAUUCAAGCAGAAGAUAUAAAACAUGCAUUGUUAGAUAUCAAUUUAAAAUUAGAUCAUCUUGAAUCAUUAACUCAUUGA